AAAACACAACUCCGCGGAAUAAGAUUUUGUAUUCAAAGUUAGGGAACGAAUUCGCCGGAAAACACCCGUUCUAGGGGCUGUUUUCGUGUCUUCAGUUAGGAGUUGAGCUAGCACCUUGAGGAGGCUGUUUAACACCCAUUUAUAAGAAAUGAAUCAAUUCUCAAACCCCCUUGGCUGAAGCUUGAUCAUUCGGUUGAGAAAGAACCAUUUAAAGCUCAUUUGAGACUGCGGUUGACUAUUCAUAUUGUACGGCGGAUUGUUGACGUGUCCAGAUAGGUCCGGGGCGUGACAGUAGGAGAGUCUGAUGGUUCUGACCUGAGUUUUAUUUCAGAUGAACACCAGUCUAUAUUGCGUGCAGUUUCAGUAGUGUUCCCACUGGCAGAACAUAGACACUGUGCAUGCCAUGUUUUUUCUAAUUGGCACAAGACACAUAAGGGCGAUGAAUUAAAAAUGAUAUUCUGGAAAGCUGUGAAGGCCUACAAUGAAGCUGAUUUACAUGAUGCACUAGAUGAAAUGGAAAAGGUAAGUCCAAGUGUUGUGGUUGCUUUCAAGGCAUGUAAUCCCCGUGUAUUUUGUAGAGCCUAUAUUAGGAGAAAUAAUCAGUGUGAUGUCAUUGUCAGCAACAUGGCUGAAACAUUUAAUGGCUACAUAAUCAAUGCUAGAGCCAAGCAUAUUAUAUUUAUGCUAGAAGAUAUUAGGGGUUCCUUGAUGCAAAGAAUGGUGAUGAAAAGGUAGGCUAUGGAAAAAAGUUUGGUUGUGAUCUGUCCUAGAAUUAUGAGCAGAUUAGAGAAAGAAAAACAUCAUGCAACCCAAUGUACCCCUCUACCAUCUAGUGAAGUGUCGUUUCAGGUUAGCCAUUAUUUAGAUACAUUGAAUGUGAACUUGGAAAGUCAGAGUUGUACUUGCAGAAAGUGGGACCUUAGUGGUAUUCAAUGCUGUCACGCAGUGUCUUAUAUGUUCUUUAUCAAUGCAGCCCGUGAGGAUUGUGUUCAUCAGUGCUAUAGUAGAGAGGCAUAUAUGAAAAUGUACUCUGGUGGCAUUGCCCCAUUAACUGGAGAAAGGCACUAGCCAAAAGUUGACUUCCCUUUGGACCCCCCUCCCAUAAAAAUUAGCCCUAGCAUACCAGGAAAAAACAGGAUUAAACCUGCACAUGAACCCAAAGAAACCUGGGAAAUUGACUAGGCAUGGGGUUGAAAUGUCAUGUAGUAUUUGCAAAAGUAAGAGCCACAAUAAGAGAAAAUGCCCUGACAAAAACAAGUGUGUUGAGCCUCAGUCUAAGAGGAGUAGGGGAAGACCAAGAAAACAGAUCCAGGAUGCAUCUACCUCUAGCAGUCACACAACACCAGCUGUUCCAUCAAGAAUUGGUCGAAGAGGAAGGGUAAUUCCUGGUAGAGGGGUGAGUAGAGGUGGAAACAAAGUGGUUAGGGGUGGAAGAGGAAGAGGAAGAGGGCAUCUUCCUGUGGGAUAUGGUGUAAUUGUUGAUGAGGAGGGGCAUACUUGGACGAAUGUAAGAAAGACCAUUACUUUAUACAUCAAUUAUGUUACUAUAACAUAUAUGUGUUUGGACUAACUACACAUUCUUAUUCAAAGAAUCCUGGUCAAGGAGGGUCAACAAAUCUGUCAGAAUCAUGAAAUGGAUAUUCAACAAUGGAGGAGUGAAGAGGACUGUUGUGUUUCAGUAGACUAGUUGUGUGUUAAUUGUUAUAGUGUUUGUAAGGAUAAUGAUGAAGUUAUAUUUCAUCCGUUUCAUGUUUCUGUAUUUGUUGUAAUGUAAAGAAUUUCAUGUGUUUCAUGUUACUAUGAUUUAAGGAUAAUGAUGGAUAUUUAUAUGGAUAAUGGUCAUGGUUUCAUCUUUGUGUUGG